CCCCUCCCCUCCUCCUCCUCCUCCUCCCCUCCCUUCGUCACCACCACCAUCACUGCAUUCCUUCCAUACACCUGCCCAUCCUCAUGGACACCAGGGCCACCGUCGCUCUCGUGGCGGACAACCUCUCGCCGGCCGAGGCGAAUGCAGCACUGCGGCAGCAAUUGGCCGUUCUGCAGACGGAACGGACCGUGUUCCAAGAGCAAGUUGCUGUGACGCUUGCCUCUGUUUUAUCCGAGCGCCACAGCUUGGAGGCGAGCGCAGCCGCGGCUGCUGAACGCGGACAGGUCCUCCGUCGCUAUGUUGAGCUUGUCACCGAGCGCCGCAUCAUGGCCGCCAAUGUCGCAGCCAAGUUGACCGAGCUGGAACAGGUCAAUGUCGCGCUCGGCGAAACUGUCGAGCUGCUCGAGGGUAACGCCGCGCUCCGCGCCUCGCUCGAUGGCAUCCACUCGCAUACUCGGACCUUGCGCUCUCUGGCAAAGCGGGGCAGAACUCGACGACAUCAGCGCCGCCACCGCUGCCGCCGGCGCACGUGGCUGCCUCGUCGCAUCGCUCGUCGUCGUCGUCGGGCUCGGGCUCGUGCUCGUCCUCGGCAGUCAUUUCGGCAUCGCUUCGUGAGGCCUCCGAGCUGCACGCCUCGCUGGUGGCUGCCCGCGUCGCCCAUCGCGACAUCCAGAUGAAGCGCGACGCACUCGCGGUCACGGCCGCCGAGCUCACCGCCGACGCAGGUGUUCUGCGGGCCAAGCUCGACGCGUUGCGCGAGGCACGAGCGCAACUUUGCUCGGCCCGCACCGAGAACGUGCUUCUUCGCCAGAGCCGAGACAAGCUCGCGCGACAAGUUCAGCUGGCCAAGGCCCAGCUGCGCGACGCCGCCGCUGACGCCGGCACACCCGACGCUGCCGCCGAGAGCUUGGAGCUCCGCCGCCAGCAUCGCGUCCAUCUCGCCACCUCGUUCCAGCUCACCGAAGCCAUUGCCGCCGUCAAGACCGACGCUGCUGCCGCCGAUGACACCGCGGCGGCGCUGCAAGCCGAGCUUGCCGAAGCCAUCGCCUCCCACACCAAGCACACCAUGACUGUCCGCCGGCUCAAGCGUGCCACCUCUGGUCUACAGGCCCGCAAGUACGCGCUGCAGUCCGAGGUCAUCGCCGGCGUUGGCGAGAAGAACGAACUCAUCCUCACCCUGGAGGAGCUUGCUGCUGCCGCCGCCGACUUGCACAACGCGGAGGAAGACCACGACGCGCUGCGCGCCGAGUGCGUUGCUGAGCUCGCUCGUAACCGCGAACUCGAUGCUGCGGUAGGCGCCAAGCUUGCCGCUCGCAACGCUGCAGCUGCAGACUCUCCGUCGCCGCUUUCGCCGCUCGCCAGCGCGCCGGAGACCAGCCAGCCCGUUCCGCCACAGCAAGCCAAGCGUCGCUCAUUUGUCGGGCCCGAGAUCGAGGCCAAGCUUCGCGAGCUCAUUGCUCCCGAACCCGUGCCGCUCGCCGACGGCCCUGCUCCUCGCCCGCACCCAGACGUGACGAAGGUUUCGGCGCAGUCGCUCUUUGACGCCGCCGCUGCUGUCGCGGCGUCGGAGACAUCAGAGGCACCGCUUCACCGGAUGUUGUGGGACGGCGGGGUGGAGGAGCUGACGGGAGCGUCGUCGAUGUCUUCUGAGUCGCCCGAGACCUCGCACGCCGCCGUCACCGCCAACUCGCUCUCGGCAGGCUCUGCGCACGGCGUCUGCUCGGCGUCUUCGGGCUCGGGCUCGUCGUCGAACGCGCUCUCGGCCUCGCUCGAGCAGCGCAUCAAGCAUGCGACCGUGCCACAGCUUGUCGAAAUGAUGACCCACCCGCGGCACGCGUACCUCGACCUUGUACAGGCCUUCCUCCUCACCUUUCGCGAGUUUUGCUCUCCGCUCGAGUUCCUCGAACUCCUCAUCAUGCGGUUCUGCGUCACGCCACCGCUCCGGUCUGACGCGGCGCGGUUCACCACUCGCGUCCUCACACCCAUCCGGCUGCGGGUCUUCAACUUGCUCAAGAUGUGGCUCACAAGGUUCCCGGCCGAUUUUGGCCACGUGGCCGCGCCAGAGCUCACUGCUAUGCUCAACGACUUUGUCACUCGAGUCAUGCCUGCUACCGGCAUGGAGGUCGCGUCGCGCAAGCUUGCAGACCUGCUCGACGCCGCUGUGGCCACCGAGGCCUCGGCGUCGAUUACCUCGAUCAGAGUGGCCGAGGACUCGUGCCCGGCCGUGCGCGGCGCGCUCGCAGCGCUCGCAGCGCCUGACGCCGGCGUGCGGACCGAGGCUGACGGCUCGGAUGUCAUCGACCUCGGCGCCGCACCCAAGAAGCGCAUCCGCGAGCUGGCCUAUGCGCUCUCCAUGAUGGAGGAAGUGCUCUUCCGCUCGAUUCCCGAGACCGAGUUUGUCAACCUCGCGUGGUCAUCGGCUGACAAGGAGCGCCGCGCACCGCACCUCCUCCGCAUGAUCCGGUUCUCCGGCCGGGUCACACGCGGCGUCCAGUUCCUGGUCCUCCGCGCUGCUGGUGUCCGCGCCCGCGCCAAGGCUCUUCGAAAAGCCAUUCUCCUUCUUGACGCACUCAUGGGCGUCAACAACUUUAACGGCGCCAUGGAGGUCAUGGCCGCACUCAACUCGGCCGCGCUCCGCUCACGCUCGCUCAAGCGGGUGUGGGCCAAGCUUCCGUCGUCGGCGACGUCGCUCUUUGACGACCACGCCGCCACUCUCUCGCACCAGGGCUCAUACAAGGAACUCCGCUCGGCGCUUGCCGCAGCCGACCCGCCGCUUAUUCCCUUUGUCGGCAUGUUCCUCACCGACCUCACCUUUAUCGCUGGCUCUCGCUCUCCGCUCCCGCCGCCGGCCGCCGGCAUCGACGCCCACGUCAACAUGGCCAAGUGGUACAAGUACGCCAAGUCCAUCGGACUCAUCACCCGCCUCCAGGCCAUGGGCUACUCCUCGGAUCGCAGCGCCAAACUCCCAUCCGAGCGCGCUGUCUGGGAGUGGGCCGCCGCCAUCUCUCACACCGAUCGUACCCUCUCCACCGACACCGAGCUCUUUGCCCUCGCCGAUGCCCGUGCCGAUGCGUGAUGACCCUCUGCAUCACCGUCCAUUUGUUUGCGACGUGAUCCAGAGCCCAUCCCCGCCCGCCGCCCAUCCGCCUAUCUCAAUGAACUGUGCUUCCUUUCC